AUGGAUAAUAAAUGGAUUAAUUUCUAUUUAUUAAGUGAUCAUAUAAACAGUCGUCUGAUCUAACAUAACAUACUUCUAAUCCAACAUUAUCCAUAUAUUAAAUAUUAUACCUAAUAUUUUAUUUUAGGUGGUAUUCAAGCAAGAAUGCAACUGAAUUAACUUCAUUCGAUGACUAUAUUGAAAGAUCAAAACCAGGAUAAGACUCUAUCUAUUAUUUGGCAGGUGAAAAUAAGGAAUAAUUGUUGCUUAAUCAAAAAAGGAUAUGAAGUCUUAUUGUUGGAAGAUCCAGUCGAUGAAUUCACAUUCUAACACUUGAAUGAAUAUAAACAAAAGAAACUCACUAAUGUUGGCAAAGGUGACUUCAAAUAACCAGAAGAUAAUGAUGAACAAAGAAAGAAAUAGAAGGCUUUGAAGAAAGUAUUCUAACCCUUGACUGACUGGUGGAGAAAGUUAUUAUCAGAAAACGUUGAUUCAGUCGUCAUUUCAUAAAGAUUGAUUGAAGAUCCCAUCAUUGUGGUUUCCUCAGAAUCUGGAUAUUCAGCUAAUAGGAAAGAAAACAAAGGCUUAGGCUUAUUCAAGCAAGGGAAG